AUGCCCGACCCCGUCACCCACUUGAAACUGUGGGAAUUGUUGGCUGCCACCAAUUCCUCUCUGCAGCCUCGGAUGUCAGACCCGACCUGCAUCCUGCAUCUCUUUACGUCAUCUCGAACUCGACAGCAAUCAUCAUCUGGACCUCGACAGCAAUCAUCCCCGACUGUAGAUAGUGAGAACUUGAAGGAUCCUGCCGAUACUCACCAACAACACGCUUUCUGUCAAGCUCUCAAGCAAAUGGAAAAACCUUUGCUGUUUACGGAUCUUGAUGACCAGAACAAAACUACAGCCAGCAAUCCGCCCAGGGGGAAGACUCAUCAAGGCUUUGUCCUGGAACAGGAUUUUCCUCCGUACUCGCAGCUGAGGCGACCCAGCUUUCGCGGGCGAUGA